AUGGCGCCAGCAUUGAAGCGCGAUCACUUCAAUGCCCAGUCGCUGGGUAUCCCCUUGAAUACAAUGGUGAAGGAGGCCAAGAUCCUGAUGGUGGGCGCAGGAGGGAUUGGCUGCGAACUACUCAAGAACCUUGUCCUCUCUGGCUUCGGCGAAAUCCACAUCGUAGAUCUCGAUACCAUCGAUUUGAGCAACCUCAACCGACAAUUCCUCUUUAGGCAUGAACAUAUCAAGAAAUCGAAGGCUUUGGUUGCGAAGGAUGCGGCGCAUAAGUUCAAUCCCAGUGUGAAGCUCGAGGCUCAUUUCGCAAACAUCAAAGAUGCGCAAUUCAACGUGGAUUGGUUCAAGGGCUUUGCGAUGGUCUUCAACGCGCUGGACAAUCUGGAUGCUCGGAGACAUGUCAACAAGAUGUGCCUUGCGGCGGAUAUCCCCCUCAUUGAGAGCGGCACCACAGGCUUCAAUGGUCAGAUUCAGGUCAUCAAGAAGGGCGUCACGGCAUGCUACGACUGUACACCGAAAGAGACACCGAAAAGUUUCCCGGUUUGCACGAUUAGAAGUACACCUAGCCAGCCUAUACACUGUAUUGUCUGGGGCAAAAGCUAUCUGUUAAGUGAGAUAUUUGGAGCCAGUGAGGAUGAAUCCCCCGAAAUGGAUCAUUCCGAAGACAGUGAAAAUGCCAAGGAAAUUGAAAAGCUACGUCAAGAGGCACAAGCACUCAAGAAGAUUAGGGAGGCUAUGGGCACCGAAUCGUUUCCACAACUGCUCUUUGACAAGGUCUACAAGGAUGACAUUGUCCGCUUGCGCUCGAUGAAGGAGAUGUGGAAGACAAGAAGGCCCCCGGAGCCUGUUGAUUAUGCUUCAGUUCUCGGGAAGGCGACGGAGGCGGAGGCCAGAAAGGAACAGAUACUGGAUGAUGGGCAGAAGAUCUGGACCCUUGAAGAGAACGUGAUGGUUCUGGAGCGUCUAAGCAGGAGAAUGGCAGACAUGAGAAGUUCUACCGGUCCGGGUUCGGCUGAACCAGUAAUCACGUUUGACAAGGACGACGAUGAUACUCUCGAUUUUGUUACCGCUGGUGCGAAUCUGCGCUCGAUAAUUUUCGGAAUCGAGACCAAAUCCCGCUUUGACAUCAAGCAAAUGGCCGGAAACAUCAUCCCGGCAAUUGCAACAACCAAUGCUAUCGUAGCCGGACUUUGUGUACUUGAGUCGUAUAAAGUUCUGAGAGGCGAUUACACUACCGCAAAAGAAGUCUACCUUUCACCAUUUGCACAAGAGAGACUGCUUGCCUCUGAUCGAAUCCGUACUCCCAAUCUUGACUGUCCGGUCUGCAGUGUAGCUCAGACUCGCCUCCUUGUUGACAUGUCCCGAGCUACUCUCAACGACCUUGUCGAAGACUUCCUGCGGUUGGAGCUUGGUUACGGCGAGGAAAUCGUAGUUAACCACGGUGCUGAUCUACUCUACGAUGUGGAGGAGACAGACAACUUAUCCAAGAAGCUCAGUGAUCUCGGCAUCAAGAGCGACAGCUUCCUCACGGUCAUCGACGAGGACGAGGACAACCCCCGGGUCAACCUCGUUCUUAAUGUCCAAGAAACCCCUACUCUGGAAAAGAAGCCAAUCAAGAGCCUUGACAUUCAGGUCGUCAAUGGCGACGGGCCUUCUUCCUCCAUCCCACGAAAGCCGAAGACCUCGCCCGCCAGCGCUGCCGAAGCCACGAAUGUUUCAGGUCCCACAGGUCCCAAGGCCAACGGCGAUUUGCCCACCUUCUCCGCAGGGGUCAAGAGAACUGCUUCAGAAGCCCUGGGUGAAGAUCCACCGAGCGGCAAGAAGUCCAAGCAGAUCCCUACGGCCACGGACACCGUCAUUGUUCUCGAUGAUGCCGACGGUUCCAUCUUGAUCGAUGACGACUAA